UUUUGAUGUCGGGUGGUGUAAAAGCGACAUCUGACUUUAUUUAGAACCGUUUUUUUUAGCAAAACCCUUCAGUCUUUUGUCUUCUCUCUACCAGAUAGUCGAUACGUACCCGCAACCCUCUCUCAAACCUUUUUUCUAAUACCAGAAAGAAAUCAACUCAAAAAAUGACUACUAACUUGAACUUUGGUCCCGAAUGGAUGCGCGGAAGCCUUCCAAAGCGAUCCAACACGCUCGAUUCGCAAAAUGCGCGCUCCUUGGCAACCUCUGGUGCUGGUGCUCGUGCAACAGGCUCAAUCAACAAUGCUCACGCAUUUGCUUCCUUGGGUUCUUCUAAUGCUCCACCGUCUACAACGGCUUUUGAAGAUAAUGCAACUCAACAACAACUUGCAUCCGACGGUCUGUCGUCGUCCUCGGGUGAAAAUCCUUUCAAGUACUCAAAAGACUUCAUGUUAAGCCUUUAUAAACCGGUGAAUCCUCCAGCAUACUUUGAACGACACGAAUAUGUGGCUGUUGAAGAAAGUCAAGGUCCAUUGUCAUUUGUUGAUUUAACAGACGAUGAGAGAAAGCUAUUGGCUGGACCUGUUCACUCUGAAGUUGGACGUCGCAUUAUCUCUUCGAACAAUGAAAGGGGAAACAAUGGACAGCGAAAUAAUAACAACAACCAUCGUGACAUGUACAACAGUCCGUUGCACAGCCCAGCAUCCGAAAACACGCCCGGUACACCUGGUAGAAUGAACAUGUCACGUUCUAAAGGUCGUAUGCACGACUAUUUCUCGCGAGACCGGGAUCAAUAUACUAAGCGACAUGAUCAUGACGGCGUAAGACAGCGCGAGCUUUCUCAGUCAGAUGGUUUGGGUACAAUCUCACCUAGCAAGUCGCGCGACGGCGAACAAGAAGAGCGUCCAGCAUGGGGAUCUGUCAAUCAGGACACCGUUGGCUCAUUCGACAGCAACGGUGUAUUCCGAGUUGGAGGAGGCAACAACGGUACUAGCGCAUUUGAGGGUCGACGAGAUUGGCAAGGAGGAGACAGAGGAGGGUUCCGUCACCAGGGCGGCGAUGACUCUUUAAGAGACGCAUUUGGUGUAUCUAAUGGAAACCAGUUCAAGGGUGCUACCACUCCUACCAGCGGUUUAUCCGACCACCUUGGUGGCAUGAGUAAUGCCAGUCCAUUUGGUAGUGGCGUGGAAGACAUUUCCGCGUCAUCAUCGAUGUUUGGUAGUGGUGGUCCUGCACCAUCCAAAAAGCAAUUUGCCCAGCUCAAGUGGCUGUACUGUGAUCCUCAAGGCACUGUGCAAGGUCCAUUUGAUGCUCAAGAAAUGCAAGAAUGGUACAAGGCAGGUUUCUUUGCACCCACGCUACUGGUACGACGAGAAGACGAUUUGCAGUUUGAAAGCCUGAUCUCGUUGAUUCGUAAGGUUGGCACCGACGAUGAACCUUUCCUGGCGCCGUUUCCUAACGAGCAACAGCAACCAUCCGCCGAUUCGCCCAGCCAGGCUGCGCUCAACAUGGGUGCUGGCGGUGGCAGCAUGCCUCCUCGCCCACGCACGCUCGACCCGUUCAACCGUCCGUUGGCAGCUUCCUCGCCGUUGGAAGCACCCGGCAACGGCCAUUUUUACGGCAACUCGCCUCAAUCAGGUGCUGAUAUCUUGUCGCCUCAAACCGGCGGAGGACUUGACUUCGGUAACAAGUAUAAUCCCCUCAGUGGUGGAGGUAUGGCCAAUUUGUCUACCAACUUUUUGCAGCAGCAAAUGGGUCAAAACCCUGUGUCCCCACAAUCACCAUCACUCCUCCAAGGCCCAUUCAACGGGUUCGGCUCGUCCCUACUAGGCUCUCGAGACGGCUCAUCACCACUGUGGGAAAAGCCUAGAACACCUGCUUGGCUGAACAAUACUAGCCAAAAUCAAGGCGAUUUGUUUGGCUCUAGUGAUUUACCGGGUAUGAAUCCUUUAUUACGACAACAGCAACAGCAACAGCAGCAGCAGCAGCAGCAGCAUACGCUUAAUCCGUUGUUUGGUCCAAACAUGGGCUCUCCUGGUCUUUUCGAUUAUCAACGAGCAAUGAACGACCAGUUUGGACAGCACCAACAGUACCUUCAAAUGUUGCAGCAAAAGCAGCAGCAGCAUAUUCAGUUUCAACAGCAGUUGCAGCAACAGUUGUCACAGCAACAAUCGCUUGAUGCUAUGAUGCAACAACAACAACAACAGCAACAACAGCAACAGCAACAGCAACAGCAACAGCCGUCUCAACCGUCACCUUUGUCACAGACGGCAUAUGCCUCUGCCACAACAAAUGAACCUAUCGUCGAACACAUCCAGCAGAGCAAGCCACAAUCUGUUAUAUCCCCUCCUGCCACAUCUGGAUGGGGUUCUGCUCCUGGAACGCCAGUGGGUACAAGACGCCAGCCUACUACUCCUGCUCCUGCUCCUGUUGUUGAGCCUGUCGCCACUGAGCCUGAAGUCGAACGGGAACAAGUCGAGGAAAUUGUUCAGCCCAUGUCUAGCAUGCAUUUGGAGGAUGAGGCCGUCAGCCCUGUUUUACAUGCCGAGACAUCCACUUCUGCUACCACAAACACCACACCUUCUGCACCCGCACCGCAGCGACAGCAAGAAGAGGAACAACAGUCGGCAGCACAAUCUCCUGCACCUGCAGCUCCAGCUGCUGCCAAGCCUGUAUCGCUUCGUGAGAUCCAAGCAGAAGAAAUGCGCAAGCAGCAGCAAGAAGCCAAGGAACAACAACAAAAGCUCCAGCAACAGCAACAGCAGCAGGCUAAAGCACAGAAUGGCAAUGGUUAUGCAGCAACCGCUGGUAGCAAGAGUGGUUGGGGUAACGCCAGCUCGCCAUGGGGUCGGGAGCAGGCCACCAAGGGUCCUUCCUUGCGCGAAAUCCAAGAGAUGGAAGCCAAGGAGGCCGAGUCGCGAAAGCAAGCCGCCGCAGAAUCACAGUUCGCAACUGCUGCUGGUAUUGAUCGUUCGGGCAGCCCACCAGCAAACCUCUCGUGGGGUGUUGUGGCUCCCAGCAAGGGUGCUGCAACUGCUAAUGCUUCCAGCUCAUCACCCGCUUGGGGUGCUACAUCGGCACCAAAGAAGACGCUUCGUGAAAUCCAACAAGAAGAAGAGGAGGCAUCCAAGAAGAAGGCCGCCAAGCAACAGGCAGCUGCUGCCGCUGCUGCUGCUGCCGCCGCAUUGGCAAAUCCAACCAACCUUAGCAAGGGUUAUGCCAACAUCGCUGGUACUGCCACAACAAAGGUUUCUCCAUCUGGCGGUGGUUGGACUACUGUAACGAGCCAGCGCACGGCUCCCAAACCUGUUUCAAGCACGACCACCUCUUCUGUCAACAGCACCUCGUCUCCAAUGUCGUCGUCGAAUGCUGUCAAGCAAAGUGGAUGGGAAGUUGUCGGUGUUCCCAAGGCAACUCCAUCGGCUUCCAUCGUCACUGCUCCAGCCUCAGCAUCCCCAGUUGCAUCAAGACCCGCCACAGCCGCUGCAGCUGCUGCAAGAAACGUCAACAAGUCUGACGAGCAGAAGCCUCCCAGUGAAGAAUUUGUGCGCUGGUGUCGCCAGUGCCUGCGUGACCUGAGCAGCGGUGUCAAUGCCGAUGAAAUUCUGUAUAUGCUCCUGUCGUUCCCUCUGGACAACAGCUCAACCGAGAUCAUCCAAGAUAUCAUCUAUGCUAACUCUACUACCAUGGACGGCCGUCGCUUUGCAGGUGAAUUCAUGAAGCGACGAAGAGCCGAUCUCGCUGGCAAACUGAACGUGACCAUUCCCAUGAUGAGCAACGCAGCACUGGACGAUGACUUCCAGGUUGUCACCAAGAAGGGUAAGAAAAAGGCCCAAGCUUAAACAAGACUUUCCGUAGCACAAGAACAAGAAGAAACACAAUAGAGGCAAGGUUGUAUUGUACGUGCGCGUAUUACAUCUCCAUCAAAUAAAGAAAGAAAAUUUAAAAAGCUCGCCUUUCUCUGCGCACAUUGGUUUGCGUGUUUGGGUUUGGGUAACAUGAAUGAGGAUGGUCAAAAUAUUUUUU